GCCGGCAAUCCAGAAGUUUUAUCUAAGCUGCCACAAUAUACCUUGACCUUUCUAACAGAGUAUCUCUUACCAUCAUCAUUAUGGCCGAGAUUACAGCAGAAGGACGUAUGUCUACAACCACGACAAUAAUAGAUGGUAAGAACGGAUCUGUUCCUACGACAUCCAUGAAAGCUGGCAAGAAAUCGGUUACAGAGGACCUUGUGACAACGUUCAGCUCACCAGCAGCAUGGCUUCUUGUUGUUGCUCUGAUUGUUACUUGGUCAGCAGUGGCUAUUGUAAUGUUUGACUUGGUGGAUUACAAAGCCUUUGCAGGAAGAUCUGUUAACAAGCUCAGCACAGAACCACUGAGAAUCAUUCAUGAGACCUUGGAAGAAUCCACUGAUUGGCUUUAUGGCUUUAUUUCUUUACUAUCUGACAUCGUAUGGAGUGAUGAUGAUGACAGUGAUGAAGGCGAAGUGGAACAUUCCCUGAAAAGAAAAGAAAUUCAUAAAGAGAAACCUGAAAGACACGAGAAACGAACAUCACCAAAGGUAAUUCACAGAGACAAACCUGAAAAACGAGAAAAAAUUGAAACCAAGGAACCCAUAAAGGUGACACAUAAAGACAAAUUGGAAAGACAAGAAAAACCUGAAAAAAAAGAAAGGCAUACAGUUACGCACAAAGAGAAACCUGAAAAGCCAGAAAAACAUGAAAAGAAAGCACCUUCCAAAGCAAUUCAAAAAGAAAAAGCCGAAAGACAAGAAAAAGUUGAAAAGAAAGCUCCUCCUAGAGUAUUUAAAAUAGAGUUUCAAGCAUGUGAAAAAGUCAUUGGGAUCUACGACCAGGCAGCAGUUUGCACAGUAGCUGUGCUGGGAGCCAGGACAAAUGCCAAAACAGAGGCCGCACGUUUCUGGCCUGGGACACGCACAGUACCCUGCAGGUGCACAAGCGUUGGUAGCUCUCAGGCACCUGUAGCUCCAAAAUCCUUGGCUGAGAGCCCUGAAUAA